AGGAAAGUGCAAUGUGAUUGUUACUGCAAAUCCCAUAAUGUACCUGGUUGUUUCCUUGGAAACGCGUUGUUGUCUUUCAGUUAACAUAACAGCAGCUAGCUCUUAUAACGUCGAAACACGGAUUUCUAACUGGGCUAAAUAGCUAGCUAGCUAGCUAGCUAGUGUUGCUCUCAUAAUUUGCUUUAGUUUGUUGGUAAGUACGGUGUCGGUGUCCUAUGAUAUUUGUGAUGGAUCAACAAUUUGAGGUAACGUUAGGUGAGUGAAGGUGCGAAUAUGUGUGGAGCUCCAGUUGAUUUAUCUUUUAAACACAUCAGCAGUUUGGCAGAUGCAUGGACAGAGGAACACAGCAGCGGUCUGCGGCCUUUAAAGACAAAUUCGGAGAAGAAGUACCUAAGCUGCUCUCUGCGUCUCAAUAACAACAACAUCAGUGACCUUCAUGACCUCCAAAAGACUGUAAGCCACUUCCUGGCUGAGCCAUCACAGAUUGCCUGGCUGGACCUUUCCUUCAACAAAAUCUCACACAUAGAUCAAGUUUUGUGCGAGCUGCGUGACCUGCGUGUGUUGUAUCUACACGGCAACAGCAUUUUUAUUCUGUCAGAGGUGGACAGGCUGGGAGUGCUACCACAGCUACACACCAUUACUCUGCAUGGAAAUGUCAUAGAAACCAACAAGGCUUACAGGAAUCGUGUGAUUUCUGCUUUGCCUCGGUUAAAGACGAUGGACUUCAGUGCUGUGACGCGCCAGGAGCGAGUCAUGGCAAAGAUUUGGCAUCACAGCAACAACCGCAGCAGAAGCAGCAAGGAGAACCUCCAGUGACUGCUUUCUCGUUUCCAUCUUGGUGUGAAAUCAUAGUUUCACCCAAAUGUUCUGAUCGCUUCUCUGUAGAUCUGUGGUGAUAUCAGCACCAUUUUAAUGUUUGUUUUGUCUAUUUCUAUCUGCUGAAAUGAACAGUUUAUUAUUGGAUAGUCCAAAGAAAAGUAUACACUUUAUUACUUGAUAUAAAGUGAUAGGGAGGAAAUGUCACUGAACAAUCCUGAGAUAUUGGCUCUGACAUUGGGUAGAUGCAUGUAAAUUCUCUGAUAUUGUUGCAAACAUGGAUUAUUCUUCUAUUACAGUGGUAUACCAGUUAAUGACUCUGUAGCAUUACUGAACUAACCACUUCCCAGAUAUGAGCACGUAGAUGUUAAGACGUAUUUAAUAAGACAUGAGUGAUUAUGUUGAAAAUCUUUAAUGAAUUAAACCAAAAAAAACAAACCAACAAAAAAUCUUAAAACUUUUUGGUACUAGCCUAAGAUAUUUCAAACAUAUUUCAGGUAGUAUAACACAUUUGAGUAACAAACAAAACAGAAAGAACCCAUUGCAAAAAGCUCAAAUAAAUUGCGUGGUUUAAAUAAUCACAGCCUUGCAGAUCAUCCCUUUAGAGACUUCAGAGCAGCUCACCGUGCUCCCUGCAUACGCAUACAGUUGUGCUCUCUUCUGAAGAGCAAAUAAACAUUUAAAAAGACAAAUAAAUAAUCACAAAAAAGGUCUCGGAUAAUUUUAUCUGCUGUGGUACAUAGAUUGUUAGCGCGCUCCCACACUGCUACAAUGGUUAGUUUCUGAUUAAUAUGAAUAACUCAAUCAUAAUACAAUCUGCAGCGAAAAGCUUUGUUUAAAAGCUAACUAAUGCAGGCCUUAAAAGUGUUCUUGUGUUUCAUAAAAACAUGUUAUCACCACAAGAUCUUAGCCAAUCCUGAACAAUGAACUCUCUACAAAAAGAGGAACUUCAUACAAUCCAUCAUCUGUUUUUAUAUUCAAUCAGAAAAUUAUGUACAAAGGCGGCAUGAAUACAUGAUAUAUGGCCCUGGACCCUCCACAGACCUACCCCUUUCAUCUCUCUAUGCCUCUGCUAUUACAUAUGUGAAGUUCUGGGAUCUGAUUUAAACAGUCUGUCUGCUCAUUUUUUAGUGCUAGAAAACUGCAAAGGACACAUUACUGUCUGUAAACUUGAUAACUUGUGUCCCAGAAAGUAACUUGUGUCCCAGAAAGGUCUAGCUGCUACCAUCCACCUCAGGACACCAGCCAUGGACAGGUCAAUCAGGAUUUAACCUCAACUGGAAUAACAGAUUACACACUGGACAAUGUAUAACCAACCUGUUUCACUGCCGCUGUCGGUUUACUGGUUCAUGUUUAGUAAGCGAGACGUGGUUCUUAGUGUGUUUUUUGACUCUUUUUGCUAACAGGUUUUCCCGUGGACUACAGAACAGAGUUACAGACAUAUGAAGUGCAAACGUUAUGCCAUGUUGGUAGUUUUUUAUCCUGGUAAAUGGCUAAAAUACUCAACCACUGCACUUAUGGUACUGAGUACACAGGCUAGGGAAACUAACCGAAUAAAGAUACUAAGAUGGCCCUGAAACCAUUUAAAAAAUAAAAAGCAACCACCAAGAAGGAUGAAUGAUUAUUCCACAGUUGGUUCUGACAAAGUCUGUGAUCCACACAUUAAGUACAGAGGAGACCUUCUUGUAAAUAUGAGAGCACACCCCAAUGGCUAUGUACAGUAGACCAUCUUUCAUUGCCCAUGCAGACAAUAUGUCACUGACCUAUAAUUAAGUACAGUAAUUAAGGACAGCAGUGGGGGCAAUCCUACAUCGUCUGUCUUUAUAGCAGUUAGAGGCAUAGCUAAGAAGCACAAGGACCAUGAUGCUUUAAUAAAGGGUGGGCUGGAGGGUAAGGAUGCAGAAGUGACACAGAGAGAGCGGGAUGGGAGAAACAACAUGGGGGCUAGGGUCGCAGAAUCAGGGAAUGGCAAACUGGACCACCAGUUCUUCUUUAGCAUCCACUUUGAUUUGAGAGAUUGCACUGUAAGCAUAAGCUGCUAUCUUGGACACCUGCAAAAAAUGAGAAAGACAGAGUUUAUGUGGAGAUUGUGUGUGCAAAAUAAAUAAAAUUCACAAUAAACAGUGAGUAAAACAGGAA